AUGAAAAAAUUCAGGGAAUUGAAAAAGACAGGAGAUGGAACAUUUGGGGUUGUAAUAAAAGCUGAGGAUACUUAAACUCAUGAUUUAGUUGCAAUCAAAAAGAUGAAAUAAAAAUAUCACAAUUUUGAUGAAUGUACUAAUUUGAGAGAAGUUAAGGCUUUAUUGAAAUUACAAAAUCAUCCCAAUAUUGUUAAACUUAAAGAAAGUAUAAAUAAUUAGUAAUUAGUUUUCCUUGAUAAUGAUACUUUAUGUUUAGUGUUUGAAUUUGUAGAAAAAAGUAUUUACUAAAUGUAUACUCAAUAAAAAGAAAUGGUACAAUAGAUUUAUUAAUUUUAGGGUAAAACAAUAUCAGAAGAUUAAAUAAAAUCUAUUAUUUAUUAAGUUGCCAAUGGUUUGAGUUAUAUGCAUAAACAUGGAUAUUUUCAUCGUGAUCUUAAACCAGAGAAUAUGUUAGUCACCAACAAUGGAGUAGUUAAAAUUAUUGAUCUUGGAUGUGCAAGAGAAAUAAGAUCUAGACCUCCUUAUACUGAUUAUAUAGCCACAAGAUGGUAUAGAGUAUUAUAUUCAAUUAAUAUAAUAGGCUCCAGAAAUUCUUUUGAAAUAAGUUAAUUAUAAUAGUCCUGUUGAUAUAUUUGCAUUAGGUUGUAUAAUGGCAGAACUAUUUUUAAAUAGACCUCUUUUUCAAGGAAAUUCAGAAUUGGAAUAAUUUAAUAAGAUUCUCUCAACUCUUGGGUACACUUUCUUAAAUCAAUUAGAACAUUUACUUAAACAGAAUGGCCAGAAGGAUGUAGAUUAGUAUCUUAAAUGGGUUUAGCACUAGCUUAGUUUUAGCCAUUACAGUUAUAAUAAUUAAUUCCGAAUGCAAGUACAGAAGCUAUCAAUUUAUUAACAUAAAUGAUUAGAUGGGAUCCUAAUAAGAGAAUUACUGCUACAUAGAUGUUGACUCAUCCUUUUUUUUAUAAUAUAGAGAAAAUAGCACCAUCAUUAAUAUUUGAAGAAUAAAUAAAAUCUAAAGAUGAAUUAAAAUUCUUUGAGUCAGAUAAUAAGAAUAAAUCUUAUAGUUAAAGAGAUGAACCACAUACACAAUUCAAAUAAAAAUAAUAAUUUUAAUAAUAAAUUAAAGAUGAUGAUAGCAAUGAUUUGGAUGAUAUUCUAGAUUUUAUUACAACAGAAAAUAAACCAAUCCCAUCUAAAUUAACAACUUAAAGUGCUAAAACUUUAGAUUUUGGUGAAUAUAUUCCUACUUAACCAUUAAAUCGAUAAACUAGAAAUUUAUAAUCAAGUUAAUUAUAAGAAUAACAUAAAAAGGAUAAUAAUUCUAUUUAUGAUUUUAGUCAUUUACAAAGUUUUAAGCCAAACAAAUAGCCAAAUAUAAAUUCUAAAUAUUGA